AAUCCAGUUCCUGAUGCAACUGUUCGAGAGAGUGAUCUCGGAGGACUCCAUGAACAUCUUCACGAAGGGAAUUUGUGUCCAUUUCAUUGGAGAUCUGUCCAGGCUUCCAGGCACUCUACGCUUGCUGGCGUGUCAAAUCCAGGAGCGAACGCGCCACAACAAAGGUCUCAAGCUGGUGGUGGGAUUAAGCUACAGUGGUCGACAGGACUUGGUCCAGGCUUGCAAGGCUGUGGCGGCGGAAGUCCAGCGGGGGAGUGUUGAUCUCGACGAGAUUGAUGAGUCCAAAUUGGAGAGCAAGCUCCUCACGACUUGGGACGAGGAAAUCAGCGAUCCGGACUUGCUGAUCCGGACAAGCGGCGAGAAGAGGCUGAGUAACUUCAUGCUCUGGCAGCUGGCCUACACGGAGCUCGUGUUUGUGCCCGAGCUAUGGCCGGAUUUUGGAGAGAAUGAGUACCGGGUGGCACUGGCCGAGUAUCAAGAGAGGGAUAGACGUUUCGGGAGGCACCAAAACAAAUAGAAAUCUCUCUACAAUGAUCGAAUAAGUAGCUUUUGAUAUGUUUUGAUUUAUAUUUUUUAUUUAAAUGAGUUCUGUAAAGCAGUCAUUAAAAAAUCAUUAUAUAUA